AUGGCUUCGUCAUUAUCUGCCGAGACCCAGCCUAGCAAGAACAUUGUCAGAGUCAAUGCCUCAGACGCCACAACUUUCGUACAGUCCGUCCUUGUCGGCAACGGCGUCUCUCCAUCCAAUGCAGCUAUCGUAGCCAGAUGUCUAGUAGCAGCCGACCUCCGGGGCGUCGACACCCACGGCAUCAACCGCAUCCCCUCCUACGUGUCCCGCAUCCGACAUGGCGUCCUCUCUGCCAGCGCAGACCCCGUGCUCCACCAGAUCACGCCAGUGGUGGCCCAAGUAGACGGGCACAACGGCUUCGGCUUCCCCGCCGCACAUCUUGGGAUGAUCCGCGCAAUCGCUAUGGCGCAAAACUUCGGCAUCGGAAUGGUGUCAAUAAAGCACUCGAACCAUUUCGGGAUGUCUGCCUGGCUUGUACAACAAGCCAUCGAUGCAGGGAUGAUGAGCAUCGUCUUCACCAACUCGAGCCCUGCGCUGCCGGUCUGGGGCGGGCGGGAGAAGUUGAUGGGGGUCUCGCCGAUUGCGUGCGGCGCACCGGCUGGGAGGGAGAAACCGUUUAUCCUUGACAUGGCGCCGAGUGUGGCGGCAAGGGGGAAGGUGUAUAAGGCGCUCAGGCGUGGGGAGAAGAUUCCGGGGGACUGGGCGCUUGAUGGCGAGGGCAGGCCCACUGAUGAUCCGGCGGCGGCGCUGGAGGGCGUCAUGCUUCCAAUGGGCGGUCCGAAGGGGUCGGCACUGGCGGUCAUGAUGGACGUCUUCUCGGGGGUCCUGUCUGGAUCGGCGUUUGCGGGGGGUGUCGCGAAUCCGUAUGAUCCGUCUAGGCCGGCAGACGUCGGGCACUUCCUCGUAGCGAUCAAACCGGAUCUCUUCAUGGGCUUGGAGAAAUUCAAGGAGCGGAUGGACUAUCUGUAUAGGCGGGUUGUGGGGUCGGAGAAGAUGGCGGGAGUGAACAGGAUAUACUUCCCAGGCGAAAUUGAGCAGCUGACGAACGAGGAACGACUUCGCGAUGGGAUCCCGUAUGUCCAGUCUGAGGUUGAAACGCUGAACAAGGAGGCUGCGCUUGUCGGUGUAGAGAACCUCAAGACUAUGGAACAAUCAAACGAAGACGCCUGA